AUGGCAACAUCCAUGUCUUUACUGAACCAAGAUCAGCCAGACAUUCCGAAGACACUCUCGAUUUCAAAAGUGGGUGGCAGCAUCGAUGCUGUCACUAGACGAGCUCUGGAUCAAGCUCUAGUCAACGUCCAAAGAUAUCUUGACAUUGUUCAGCGAGAUAUAUCUCUGCAUUCGCGAAUCAUUGGCAUGAUGGCACAGAUGGGAAGUCUUCUUCUGAACAUCAAAGAGUUCAAAGCUGAACAAUGGGGCUCCCUAGGCAGCGAGGUCGUGUCGAAUGUCUUUUCGUUGUAUUGCUGCACCAUAGACUGCCGCGAGCUCUCUUCCACUCCCCUUACGAACUCUCCGUCUUACGAUGGGCUUACCGCAUGCCAUUUGGCACUUCAAUGCGUGUAUGGCGCAGCUCUGAUGUACGUUUCGGGCUUCUCAUUUGGCUCCUACAGUAUAAGUUAUCUAACCAGGUUGGCAUUCUAG